CCCCCACUCUAGCACUCGGUGCGGGCAGCAGUUACCGACUUACCGCCACAGAUUUCUUCCCCGGCUUCUCUACUUAUCCCGCAUGGAGCCGGCGCUGUGAAGUCAAAAGUUACCCCCCCCGCCGCUGCCGCCGGAGAAGAUGACGGGGAGAAGUCCGACUGAGAGGAGCUAGAGGUGGGGGGGCCGCAGGAGUUACAUGAGGCCGGUUACCCGCGGGCAACGCACACCCGGAUUUACUCAGAGUUGGGCGCUUUCGACAUGUCGGCGAUCUCUGCCGCCGAGAAAGUGGACGGUUUCACGCGGAAGUCGGUGAGAAAGGCGCAGAGGCAGAAACGGUCGCAGGGCUCGUCCCAGUUCCACGGGCAGGGGCCCCUGGUGGAGCUGUCCCCGCUCCCCCAGCUCAAAGAUGCCACGUCCGGGGACCAGCAGGAUCUCUUCUGUCAGAAGCUACAGCAGUGCUGUGUACUGUUUGAUUUUAUGGACUCUAUAUCCGACCUAAAGAGCAAAGAAAUCAAGAGAGCCACGCUGAAUGAGCUGGUGGAGUACGUGUCCACAAAUCGUGGAGUGAUCAUAGAGUCUGGGUACCCCGAUAUCAUACGAAUGAUUAGUUCAAAUAUUUUCCGAACACUCCCUCCUAGUGACAAUCCAGACUUUGAUCCGGAAGAGGAUGAGCCGACAUUAGAAAUUUCAUGGCCUCACAUACAGCUUGUGUAUGAGUUUUUCCUGAGAUUUUUGGAGAGUCCAGAUUUUCAGCCAAGCAUUGCAAAGAGGUUUGUGGACCAGAAAUUUGUACAGCAGCUUUUGGACCUGUUUGACAGCGAAGAUCCCCGGGAGCGAGAUUUCCUCAAGACUGUAUUACAUCGGAUCUAUGGCAAGUUCCUAGGCCUAAGAGCGUUCAUCAGAAAACAAAUUAACAACAUUUUUCUCAGGUUUAUCUAUGAAACAGAACAUUUUAAUGGGGUUGCCGAAUUGCUUGAAAUAUUGGGAAGCAUUAUCAAUGGUUUUGCGUUACCGUUAAAAUCUGAACAUAAACAGUUCCUCAUGAAAGUCCUGAUUCCGAUGCACACGGCGAGAGGUCUGGCUUUAUUUCAUGCACAGCUUGCAUAUUGUGUUGUCCAGUUUUUGGAGAAGGACACCACCCUGACAGAACCAGUUAUUGGAGGAUUGUUAAAAUUCUGGCCUAAAACUUGUAGCCAGAAAGAGGUGAUGUACUUGGGGGAAAUAGAAGAAAUCUUGGACGUCAUCGAGCCGACUCAGUUUAAAAAGAUUCAAGAACCUCUGUUUAAGCAAAUAUCGAAAUGCGUGUCCAGCUCUCACUUUCAGGUCGCCGAGCGGGCCCUCUACUUCUGGAACAACGAGUAUAUUCUCAGCCUGAUCGAGGAGAACAUUGAUAAGAUCCUGCCCAUCAUGUUCGGCAGCUUGUACAAAAUCUCCAAAGAACACUGGAACCCGACAAUUGUAGCCCUGGUGUACAACGUGCUGAAAACGUUAAUGGAAAUGAAUGGGAAACUCUUUGAUGAGCUUACAGGCUCCUAUAAAGCAGAACGUCAGAGGGAGAAGAAGAAGGAGCUGGAGCGCGAGGAGCUGUGGAGAAGGCUGGACGACCUGCAGCUGAAGAAGGCCCUGGCCGAUCAGCCCAACAGUGCUUUUAGUGUACAGAACAAUACAAGUGCCAAAUAGACCACAUCUUGUCGACCUCUACUUCAUAGGCAUACUUUUGUAUAUUUUUUUUCUGUUCUAUUCCCCCCCCCUCCUUUGAAAUUGUAAAGUAAAAGCCGAUUAUUAUUAUUUUUUUUUAGGGGGUGCAUCUCCCCUUCCUGAGAUCUGCUCCGCUGUGAGUGGGGGGUCAGCGAUUCAUUGCAGGGCAACUUGUUGCUGACCCCUCGGACAGCGGGCAUGUUAACCAGCUCUGUGUUACAGCGUUACAGUAAUGAUUACUGGGGAGGAGAAUAUUCUUUAUUUUUUUUUUAUAACCUAUAAUUUGAGUGAGGUAAUUCUGGGGGUGGUGAGAAUUAUGACUUGAAUUCUUUAAUAUUAUUAUAUAUAUAUAUUUUUUGAUUGUGUUGCACAUAGGUGUAUUAGUCUGCUAUGUACAUUUUUCUUGUGUAAAUCUCUCUACUGUUCUGUGUUUGGAGGUUCUUAAGGCGCCCCCACGUCGGACACCCUCCGCGGUGGCGGCAGCCAUGUUAUAUGGGCAGAACCAGCAGUAUCCAUGAAAUGCAUCUCCCUGGGAACUGGUGCUGUAUCAGUAGACCCCACUGAAUUCAUUUUUGGUUUUCUGAACCCAUGAUAAACCGCCAUUUAUCUCCCCCAUAACAGGUACACAUCAUUACUAUAGCUCUUGGCACUACUGUUUCUAUAGAAAAGGUACUUUCUUUUUGACUACCAGCCUUGUAAAUGCAGAUUUUUCUAUACUGAGCAAGUAGGGAAGUUCGGUUGGGGGGGAAGGGGGGUUGGGUUGGGUUGUCUUUGCUCCAUUUCCUAAACCCCUGAGAUAAUACGUCCUAUAGAAGUCUCCCGUACCGCAAGGUAGCUGCUCUGUUUCCUGCUGGGUUUAAAGACGCGCACAUGGAGUAGCCUUGCCAUUCAUUUGCGUUGUAGCGGUCACCUAUGCAAAUCAUUCCAGUGAGUAUUAGACAAUGUGUAGUGAGUGGCAAGGAAGUAUUAGUGACGUCUGUGUCCGUGCUGGUGUCGUGCACUUCUCCCCCAGUGAUCCUUUAAUGAGAUAAUAGCUGUGACAAUAAUGUCUGUGUGCGGCGGAGAUCAGCGGUGCGGCGCUCCGAUGAGUAGAUGGCCCCCCUUAGACAAUAGUUGCUUUACUUCUUCACUUCAGAGUUGCGUUUUUUAUUUUUUUUAAAGCGGGCCUAGUUCUUUUGUGACGUCCUCCCAGUUGCCGUGCAAUACGUAGCAGAGCCAGGUUUGUCAUUUGGUACAAUUCAGCUCUGCUACAUCUCUGCAUAAUGUAAGUAGCUUUUGCACGAGCCGACAGGUUGUGACAGUCUAGGCUUGACCGCUCGCACAAUAGCUGCAUUGAUUUUUUGCGUUGGCAGCCGAUCUAAUGCAAAUGAUGCAAUAGUUAAUAGAAUUGUAAAUGAUUUUAUUUUACACGUGGGGAUUGGACGGUUAAUCCUACAGCGGUGCUUGUUUGGUUAGGGAUUAUCACUGACCCGUGUGUCCUCUGUCACACAUGGGGGAUCUCCAUUUUUUACGGUAUUAUUCCAAAUCUAAGAGCAGGAACACCCACACUAUACAGCCCCUCAAUGGCCCAGGGCUCCCCUUCCCACCAAAUUCUCCACCUCAAGAUUGUUGCAACUGAAUUUAAGGCUUGACAUAGAGCCACUUGAACUCUGAUCGUGGGAUGACCGGAUCCGACUACACAGGGUUGGUUUGUUGUCUGUUACCAUGGAGACAAUAGGUCUAUAUAGGAGCUUUUUUUUUUUUAUUAUAACCCAUUGCAGAUUAGACACAUUUUGACAAAAAUAACUUUGUGAAGGUGGACAUAGGAUUUAAUCUGAUUCAUGUUGUGGGUCGGGGCGCCCCCUUUAUGGCAUUCUAUAGAUGCCAUUUAGUAAAGUACCCUAUAACCUAAAUCGGAUAAAACACUAUGGCUGCCUUCACAACCCGAUUAUUAUUUUUUUGUCCCAGUGAAUCCAAAAUGAAAAAUGAAGCAGCUUUGCAAUAGAUGAAAAUACUAAACUUCCUUCAGCUCCUAUACAGACCUAUGUGUCUCCAUGGUAACAGACAGCAAACAAACCCUGUGUAGUCUGAUCUUGCAGUUAUUCCCUGCUACCUGUACUUCUUGCUACCCUACCAAUGUUGGCAUGAAAUGUGUGGCAAAUGGAGGGAAAUUUGGUGUCCAAGGUGGACCUGGCCUUAAAAGGGGUUACCGGUAAUAAUCAUUUUUUUUAUCACGUGUCCGCAGCCUGACCCCUGAAACAGAAGAUUCCUAUUUACUUGCUCCGCCAUGCGGCCCCCAUCUUCCAGUCCCGGCGCUGUUUACAUCCAGCUGGCCACUGGCAUGGUCACACGCUCUGCACCAGCCAAUGAGUGGCUUCAGUGGUGACGUGGCCAGGAGCUGCACAUCACCGUUGAAGCCAGUCAUUGGCUGGAGCGGUGCGUGUGACCCUGUCCAUCCACUGCCAGGUGUAAGCCGUGCGGGGCGGAGGAUUGGAGCGGACUAGAGCAGGUAAGUGUCAAUCUUCUGUUCCAGGGGGCAGGCAGCAGGCACUUGAUAAAAAAAAAAAAUAAUUAUUAUUGGAAAACCUCUUUAAUGGCUCCUUAUAGAGCAAAGGUAUUGCACCCUGUGCAUUUUUAGGUGAUCUGUACGAUGUCGUAUGUACAGGGACCUGUCCUUCAGAUUAUUUUUGCUGGAUUGCAGGUCACGUGUCAUUCCAAUAUCUUAUGGGGGAAACUCCGGCAUACAGUAUGUGUCACACACAUGCAACUUUAUGGACCCCAUAAAAAUAGCCUUGGAGCAAUAGCCUAAUUUUCCUCUAUUUCUCCCUCCUUCUUAGCACGGUCAGUGAGAGAACCCCAUUUACUGUGCGCCAAUUAUACAAGGGGUCGCUCUAUGGACCUCUCAAGUUCUGUGCUGAUCUCUUCUAGGUAUUCUCCAUCCUAUAUCCUGUCGAUCAGACAUGGGAGCCCGGUAUGUGUCUUGGCUCAAUGCCCACGUUGCAUGCAGAUUUCUGUCUGCUGCUAUGGAAGGACAGCAGGUCGUCAGUUUAAUAACUUUGUCCAUUGAGCAUUGACUUGACUUGGGAGCGUUUCCCCU